CUACACUGCACUACCCCUCGGUCACGAGCAGCGCUUAAUUGACGCUCCAAGUCGCUGCCUCGGCGACCAAUGCUAAAUGUAAGCUGUUUUUAAUCACCUCCUUAAUUUGCUACUGAGGAUGAAGGAAGAUGAGGGUACAUCAAGGCUGAAACACAUCUCAGAUGCAAACUGGUGAAAGUCGCAUAAUGAACCCCACCACCCACCAGACAGUUGUCUGGUUUUGCAUAAACAACUUUGCUGUUGCCAAGCCCCACUCAUCUAAACGUUACGAAAGUAUACCUUUCGAUAAUUUACUUUUCAACAUGGCCGGCGUGAAUGACAACAGUAAUCCAAUCGAGUCUUCACCAGAUGUAGAGACUCAGAGAAAGGAAAUAGCAAAGGCUAUGAAGAGGCCUUUCGUUAAGGGUGAUAUCUGGUAUCUUGUGGAUAGUUGCUGGUUUAAGCAGUGGAAGAAGGUUACUGGGUAUGAUUCACAGGAUAAAGCUGAUGAAGGAAAAGAAUUCAAUUAUCCAGGUCCUAUAGAUAAUACAAGUCUUUUUGAAGCUGAUGGCUGCACUCUGAAAGAAAAUCUCAUUGAUGAGCUUGAUUACAACCUGCUCACAAAAGACUCGUGGUUGAAACUUGUAUCAUGGUAUGGAAUUAGUUCACACCAGCAGACUCUUGCCAGAAAGGUUGUGGAAUAUGGAAAGUAUCUCAAAUACCUUAAGGUUGAAGUCUACCUCAUUGCUUUGAAACUUUUCAAAUGCUCAGAACCCCAGAUGUUUGUUACAAGGCUCUUCAGUAGGAGAGAUACUGUGGGUCAUGUUGUGUCAGAGAUGAAAAAAGUCUUUAGCAUACCAGAAGAUGCUGAAACAGAAGUGUGGUGGAACAAGGGCUACCUUACAUAUGAGCUUCUCGAUAAUUUGAGAUGCGCUGUGGAAAAUGCUGGCCGUUAUCAUGGAGAGGUAUGAUAAUUAUUAAUAAUAAUGGAAGUCUAGUAGAUUCAUUUAAUGAUAUACAUAUACUGCAGAAGGUUCAACUCAGGCAGGAGAGACAUCCCCGCCAACUGCUUGUUGUUUCGCGUUAUGGUGGGCAUCUUCCCGCACGAUUUUGAUCCAGUCUGCUGCUGCUCCGAACGUCUUUGCUUUUUGCGUGUAUAUUUUCUCAAGUCUUCCUUUCUUCACUAUGACCCUCACUAUGAGGCGUUUAAGGCUUCUCCGAAUUGUGAUUGUCUCUAUGGUGUUUACUCUGCUUCAUGCAGAGUGCACGUUUGAGGAGGCAAGAAGGGAGACGUGGGGGCUAUGAAUACCGUAACACCGGAAACAAAAUAGAACAAACACUGCAUCAUCCCAAGAAAUAUCAUCAACACACAGACACCGCAGGAUUUACCUAGUCCGGUUUCACUCAUCUUUACCGCGCGCUGGUCUUUGGCUGGCCGGUAGCGCGUGUUGUAGAUGUCCAGAGGUCAAGUAAAAUAUUAAUGAACACGGCUUGGGGUUAAUCAGUUAACGAUUAUUAAAGAUUAACUUUUUUUUCUUCGACUAAAAACCACGGGUUAUCAAAAUCUAGUGAACAAUAAACUACAACACCGGAAAUGGUUUAUUUCCCCGAGCACCGUCGAUUUGAAAUUACAAACAUCAUACACCGUAAGGUUUGAGAUCACCGCAACACCGCAAUGCGAGUUGUUCUUCACUGCAAUGCCGCAUUUAAAAAAGGGUCAACGCCGCAACGCCGCAAACCCCAAUGCCCCCUCAGGUAAGUGUAAAGGGUGAUGUGUUGAAAAUUAUCGAUCCUGACCAGUUCGGAGCCUUACCGAGAUCCUCCACGGCUCAAGCUCUGACGUCC